UAACUGCAUGUGGUGAUGUUUUGUUAACAGCUGCUUUUGUUUCUUACAUUGGUCCCUUUACUAAACUUUAUCGUCAAGAGCUAGUAGAACAUAUGUGGCUUCCAUUUCUGAAAUUGCAAAAAAUUCCUAUUCCAACAAGUACCGAGUUAGAUCUGGUUGCCAUGUUGACUGAUGAUGCAAAGAUAGCAACAUGGAAUAAUGAAGGAUUACCAAGUGAUAAGAUGUCAAUAGAAAAUGCUGCUAUUCUAACGAACUGUGAUCGCUGGCCACUUCUCAUAGAUCCUCAGCUACAAGCAAUUAAAUGGAUAAAGAACAAAUAUGGAACUGAUCUUAAAAUCAUGACUCUAGGAGAGAAGGGGUUUUUGAAAACUAUUGAAAGAACUUUGGCUUGUGGAGAUGUUGUCCUGAUUGAAAACUUGGAUGAGAAAAUAGACCCUGUGCUUGAUCCUUUGCUUGGAAGAAACACCAUUAAAAAGGGAAAGUAUAUCAAAAUUGAAGACAGAGAAUGUGAAUUCAACAAGAAUUUCCGUCUCAUUCUUCACACUAAGCUGGCCAACCCGCACUACAAACCAGAGCUGCAGGCUCAGACCACUUUAAUUAAUUUCACAGUCACAAAGGAUGGAUUGGAAGACCAGUUGUUGGCUGAGGUUGUUAGUAUUGAACGACCAGAAUUGGAGACAGUCAAGGCUGCAGAAGCCAGAGAAAAUGAAGUUAAUAUUAAUGAAGCCAGAGAGCACUAUAGACCAGCAGCUGCAAGAGCUUCUCUUCUUUAUUUUGUCAUUCAGGAUUUAAGCAAAAUCAAUCCCAUCUAUCAGUUUUCACUGAAGGCUUUCAGCAAUGUAUUUCAUAAAGCCAUUAAGCAAGCUGAGGCAUCAGAUGAUAUCCAGGAACGCAUCUCCAACUUGACAGAAGCCAUAACAUAUUUCACCUUCAUUCAUAUCAGCCAAGGACUUUUUGAGAGGGACAAACUCAUUUUUCUUGGCCAGGCAAUAUUUCAGAUUUUGUUGAGGAAUAAUGAGAUAGAACCUACCAUGCUGAAUUUCUUGCUACGAUUUAAAGUUGAGCAUACCUAUAAAAGUCCAGUUGACUUUUUAACAACUCAACCAUGGAGUGCUAUUAAGGCCAUUGCCUUAAUGGAUGAAUUCCGAGGAUUAGAUAAAGACAUUGAAGGUUCUGCAAAGAGAUGGAAAAAAUGGGUGGAUUCAGAAUGUCCAGAAAAAGAAAAACUACCCCAGGAAUGGAAAAAUAAAACUUCUUUUGAGAGACUUAUUAUACUACGAGCAUUGCGCCCAGAUCGGAUGACUUAUGCUCUGAGAGAUUUUGUAGAAGAAAAGCUAGGUUCAAAGUAUGUGAAUGGCACAAGAAUAGACUUGGCCAAGUCCUAUGAAGAAAGCAGUCCAGCUACUCCUGUGUUUUUCAUUCUUUCUCCUGGAGUGGAUCCUCUGAAAGACAUGGAAACACUUGGCAAGAAACUUGGCUUUACAAUUGACUGUGGGAAACUUCAUAAUAUCUCUUUAGGACAAGGGCAAGAGAUUGUGGCAGAGAAGGCAAUAGAAAAAGCUGCCAAACAUGGACACUGGGUUAUUCUCCAGAAUAUACAUCUUGUUAUCAAAUGGCUGAAGACCUUAGAGAUACUGGUAGAUAAAUACAGUAAAGGAAGUCACUGUGACUAUCGUCUUUUUAUCAGUGCUGAGCCCGCUCCAACUCCUGAAGAGCAUAUUAUACCUCAAGGAAUUUUAGAAAAUUCUAUUAAACUUAUUAAUGAACCUCCUACAGGAAUGUUAGCUAAUCUUCAUGCUGCUCUCUACAAUUUUGACCAGGAUACUCUUGAAUUGUGUACACGAGAACAGGAGUUUAAAAGUAUUUUCUUUUCUCUGUGCUAUUUUCAUACCUGUGUUGCUGGGAGACUCAAAUUUGGACCUCAAGGAUGGAAUCGAAGAUACCCUUUUAAUAUGGGAGACCUCACCAUCUGUGUUAAUGUGCUCUACAAUUAUUUAGAAGCAAACAGUAAAGUUCCAUGGGAAGAUUUGUGUUAUCUCUUUGGUGAGAUUAUGUAUGGUGGACACAUCACUGAUGACUGGGAUCGCAGACUGUGUCACACAUAUUUGGAAGAAUUUAUGAGCCCUUCACUGGUUGAAGGAGAUUUUGCUUUGGCUCCUGGUUUCCCAUCUCCUCCCAAUCUGGAUUAUAUUGGCUACCACAAGUAUAUUGAUGAAAUGUUGCCCACUGAAAGUCCUACAUUGUAUGGUCUCCAUCCUAAUGCCGAGAUAGAUUUCUUAACAGUUCUGUCUGAUAACCUAUUCAAAACUCUGCUGGAAAUGCAACCCAGAAAUCUGCUUGCUGGAGAAAUUAUAGGACAGUCAUUGGAAGAAAAGGUGAAAAAUGUACUGGAUGAAAUUUUGGAAAAGCUGCCGGAAGAAUUUAAUUUAGCUGAGAUAAUGCAAAAGUCUGCUAUACGAAGCCCAUAUAUUCUUGUGUGUUUUCAAGAAUGUGAGAGAAUGAAUAUUCUCAUGAGAGAGAUACGACGAUCAAUAAAACAAUUAGAUCUUGGAUUAAAAGGUGAGCUAACAUUUUCAUCUAGUAUGGAAACUUUACAAUCAUCGCUCUUCUAUGACCAGGUACCAGAUGCGUGGUCCAGUCUGGCUUACCCAUCUAUUUACAGUCUUGCACAAUGGUUUAAUGGCCUUCUUUUGCGAUGCCGAGAACUUGAUACCUGGACACAAGAUCUUGUACUUCCUGCAGUAGUGUGGCUUUCAGGCUUCUUUAAUCCUCAAUCUUUUUUGACUGCCAUUAUGCAAACUACAGCACGGAAAAACAAUUGGUCUCUGGAUAAGAUGUGCUUAACUACUGAUGUUACCAAAAAGAGUAGAGAAGAUUAUGGUCAUCCACCAAGAGAAGGUGCAUAUAUUUUUGGACUUUACAUGGAAGGAGCAAGAUGGGACAUUCAAGCAGGAGUUGUAGCUGAAGCUCAUUUGAAGGACCUGACCCCAAUGCUGCCAGUCAUCUUUGCCAGAGCAAUUCUGGUAGAGAGGCAAGAAACCCUGAACAUUUACAAAUGUCCAGUUUAUAAAACUAAACUUAGGGGUCCCACCUACACAUGGACUUUUAACUUAAAAACUAAAGAAAGGCCAUCCAAGUGGGUGCUUGCAGGAGUAGCCUUGCUUUUGGAAGUUUAGCAAUAUACUUGCAGGCACACGUUUUUUUACUUACAACAAGGUAUUCACAUAUUAUGUAUUUGGAAUGACCACAGACAACCUUCAAGAUAAUGCUUUUAUUGAAUUUAAUACAACAUAUAUAUUUACAUUACUGCACAUAGAAACAGUACAUAUGUACAAGUGAACAUGCAAAGGAUUAAGUCACUGAAUCAUACAUGUUACAUAUGUAAUAUGCAGAUAAACCUUUGGUUCAGCCUUCUUCACCUGAGUGAAUAACAUUUCAAAUUUCCAUAAAUGGCACAUAUGGCCCCAACCGAGACAGGCCUUGUAUGUACCAAUGCAAUGUAAAGUCACUUGUAUGUUCUGUUUGCACAGCAAAAGCAAAAAGUAAAUAUAUAAUAUAGCUGUAAACAAAAACUUAAAACAUCUUAAUUAUAGCCAGAGAAUAAAAUAUGUUAACUAUGGAAACUACUUUGGAGUUUCCAAACCAUUUUUUAAGCAGAUUUGACCACUUCUGAGCUUAAAGGUGGUUUUCAGUUGGUAAAAAUUAAAUUGGGCUGAAUUAUGCCCUUCUAAUUUUAAACAAUAUUGACCUUUAUAGCAUUUUUCUGCAUUUUUCUGUAAAGUAGAAUAAUCAGUGAUUUGGACUGCUUGUUUUCAGAAGUUUAAAGUCUGAUUCAAAUUACAAAGUCAAUUUACUCUUUUUAAACUUUAUAA